CACACAUUCACCUCAUUAGAGCGGUGGCGCCUUAAUUUAACUUGUCAGUCAGCAUAGGCGGCGUUCAAACGUGCUCUGUUUUGUCGCGUAAGGAAGUUGCACUCGGUCCUUUGAAGCUGCAGCCGCACAAUUCAGCCGCAGUUUCUCUGGAGGACAUUCCGAGGAUUCCUCGCGCCCUCGAGUCUACCUGUCCGACAGGUGUAGUUGUCACACACAGACACUCGGUGCGGGUACCUUUCGUUGUUAUCUAUGGGUGAGUGUCUGCGCACGACCUGUCCGUGUCUGGAAACACUAUGGCAGAGGAUUUUCAGCGACAAAACGUCGCCAUCUGGACAAGGAGGAGGGGAGAAAGACAGCUCCACUGACUGCAAGGGAGAUGAGAGCGCACAGAGCCCCGGCACACCGGUGCCGCCGCAGGAGAAAGGUCCCGAGAGCGGCUCAAUCUACACAGCGCUGUGGUCGUUUGAGGGUCGCCACAAGGAUGAGCUGUCUUUCCAGGCUGGGGAUCUGUUUAAUGUCAUCAGCCGCAGCGGGGACUGGUGGACCGCGCGGAAGAUCGACAUGAACGGAUGCGUCCUGGACACCGGGAAAGUGCCAUACAACUACCUGUCCAGGGCCGAACCCAUGAGAUCACAACCAUGGUUUUUUGGUACAAUGAGCCGCUUUGAAGCCCAAAUACACCUGCUGGGAUCAGGAAAUGAAGAGGGAGCGUUCCUCAUCCGACAAAGUGAGAAAGACAGCGUUGGAUAUGUUCUUUCAGUGAGGGCAAGUACUCGGGUGAAGCAUUUUAAAAUCCACCAAGUUGGUGAUGGUAAUUUCAACGUGGAGCCCAAUCGCCACUUCAGCUCUCUGAUUGACCUGGUGGAGCAUUACACCAACAACAACCUCAUCAACACAGGCAGACUGUCGACCCACUGCAAGAUGGAAAAGCCCAACACCCCAGAUCUGAAUCAUUUAGAAGCGGAUGAGUGGGAGCUCCCAAAAAACGAGUUCACCCUGGGGGAGGAGCUGGGCACUGGCUACUUUGCUGAUGUCUACCGGGGCCGCUGGAAAAGCCAUAUAAAUGUCGCCAUCAAGAUAAUAAAAAAUGACUCUGAGGUGAACCACCGCGAGUUUCAGAAAGAGGUGCAGAUUCUGAAGAAUCUUCGACACCGACAUCUCAUUUCUCUGUUUGCUGUGUGCACAGCUUCACCACCUUACUAUAUCAUCACCGAGCUGAUGGAGAAAGGCAGCCUGCUCCAGUUCCUCAGAGGUCCAGAGGGGAAAGAACUAGACACCUCAUCACUCAUCGACAUCAGCAGCCAGGUGGCUGAUGGGAUGUCGUACCUUGAGGAGCAGAACAGCAUCCACAGAGAUCUGGCUGCACGGAACGUGCUGGUUGGAGGCGACUAUGUCUGUAAAGUGGCCGACUUUGGACUUGCCAGAGUAAUAAAGGAGCCAUUUUACAUCUCAAAAGAUAAAAAUAUUCCCUUCAAGUGGAGCGCUCCGGAGGCACUCACCCAUGGAAAGUUCUCCAGCAAGUCUGACGUCUGGUCUUUUGGCGUCUUGCUCUAUGAGAUUAUCACCUAUGGAGGUAUUCCUUAUCCAGGUUUCAACAACCACGAAGUGCUCCAGCAGAUUAUCGAAGGAUACAGGAUGCCGGCUCCAGCCAAGUGCCCCGACUUUCUCCAUAAAAUCAUGUUGUCAUGUUGGAGAGCUGAGCCGGAUGACAGGCCACAUUUCAAGUCCCUCAGGCACCAGCUGGACAGCAACUUCUAUGAGCUGUGACACCACCACCGGCCCCUGCAGCUAAUGCUCAGUGCCACACGGGGGCAGCAGAGAGUCUGAUACUGAGCAGGGAUUGUGAUUCUUCACCUGGGACCCUUCAAACAAAACAAAACAAAAAAACCUAGCAGGCCUGACAGAGGGUAAGAGGCAGAAUACAACAUGGACAAGUUGCCAGUCUGUCACAGGGUACAAACAACUAUUUACUCUCACAUCCACAAGGUUAAUUUAGAUUCUAACCCCAACCUGUAAUAAUUCUUUGUCCAGCAGGGGGCGGCACAGUAAGUGUCUAAAGAACUUACUGAGCUGCUGCUUUUCUUCUCCCUUAACCUUUUCUGUCUCCCUCUCACAAUCCCACAUGCAUGUCCUUAAGUAUGAGCUCUCCAAGACCUUGGAGACCUUGGAGUUUGUGUUUUUUUCCACACAAACAAAGAAAUGUAAGUUGUUUUGUUGUGCAGAUUAGUCGCCUUAAACUCACAACAGAACACAAAUCUUCCAGUUUGUCAACGUGACAGUUGCUUUAGAUGCUAGAGCCUAAAAAUGACCCACCAACCAACACAAACUUGAAGAUGUAUGAAGAAGAAAAAUAAUCUGAUGCAUGUGGACAAUUAUGUCAUCAGUACCCACAGCUACAUAUACUUUCAACUCAAAUGGAUUGACUGCUGCUUUUGUUAAAUGAGUCGAUGAUGAUGAUGAUGAUGAUUAAAAGUGUGCAAGGAUUUGAGUCCUGGAUUAGCA